AUGGAUAUUGAUUCUCCAGAUUCUGUAAUUGAUCAGGAAAAUAAUAAUAAAAUCUGUGAAAAUCAAGAAAAUAAAACAAUAUCAAGUGCCCAUUCAGAUGAGAAUGAAGAUGUUGUUAAUUCACAGCUUCAACAAAAACAAAAAGAACUCUCAACUGU